GCAGAGUACGGGAAGAUAUGCAAACGCUGAGGCCCCAGAUAGUGCAGUGGCCUUUGUGGGCAACACUUACAGGUGGGCUUGGAAACACUUGCCUUUGGAACAUUGUUUAAAAUAAAACUAGCUCCAGCCAGCCCAACUGGGAAUUUACUGCCUGAGCUGUUUUCCAACAUAAGUUUUGCUGGCAAAACCAGACGUGAGUGUUCCCUCGACUCUCAAGGGACCUGUUUACACUGACUUUAUUUUUACUGCCAGCUUUCAAGUUGGAAGAGGGAAAUUACGUUUAAAGGUCAGCAGAUGACAGAUGGAUUUUCACAAUUUGGAAAUAAAAACAUGAGUGAAGGGUUCGGAAGGCAAGUCUCUGGUCCAUUACACACUUCCAGAAAAACUUAGUACCCAGAGACUCACAUUACUGGGAGUGCUAUCUACUCACAAGUGUUGCACUCCAUUGAGAAAAAAAAAACAGGAAGUUGCUGUUCUACUGAGGACUGACCAAGAAGCCAUGAAAUACCUUACUGUGGGAGACUUAGAAGAUUGCCUACUGAAUAAGGUGGACUUGAGGCGCCAGCAGAUUUCCCAGGCUGUGGAGGAGGUGCAGAAAGUCGUUCAUCAUUUGACCACAAACAUCAGCAACCAAGACAUUAGAUUUCAAGCUGUGCCUUACUCUGACACGUACAAUGAAAAUAUUAAGGUUUUGGCUCCCAGUCAGUUCCUCGUCACAGUCCCAAUAAAAGGCCUGGCCGGGUACAGGGAGGCCAGGGAGCAGCACUGGCGGUACUACACCCUGCAGGGCACCAGGCUGCCCUGCCCGUUGCGGGACCCUGAGGGUCUGCAGCAGUGGCUGGAGGUGGAACAGUUUAUGAAGAGCCUGUGGCAGUGGCAUGAGACAGAUGUGAACAUCGACGGAGACAUUGUGCCUGCCAAGGUCCUCCUAGUGUUCCGGAAGCUGGUGGAAAAUGCAAUUAGAACCUGCCACCUCUCAGGUAAGGUCAGCCUGCUAGGAAACCGCUCUGCAGUUUGGGUUGCUGUGGAAACAUCUGCAUAUCAGGUGGAACUGGAGCUGGUCCCCACAGUGGAGAUCCCCACCACCUGGUCCAAGAAAGCCCGGUGGCCUCGAUGUCUGCAGCGCUGGCCUUCCCAAGAGAGAGUGGAGUGCAUCAAGUCGUUUGGGUUUAACUUGUUGGCCUGUUCAAAUUAUCACUGGCAGCUGAGCUUCCUCCGUGCUGAGCAGGUGUUACUGGAACAGCUGGAUGAAGAUGGGGGCUGCCGUAGGAAGUGUUUUCAGGUCAUGAGGCACCUGAAAGAGGACAUCUGGUGCCCAGGGAACAGGCCGGUUAUCACGUCCCACCAUCUGCAGACUGUGCUCUUUUGGACCUGCGAGAAAUAUCCCCACUUUAAAGACUGGCAGGUCUUCAGCAAAGCAUUUCUGCGCCUGGUGAGGAAACUGCACAAGUGCGUGAGCCAGCACUUCCUGAAACACUAUUUCGUCCGGAACAGCAACCUCUUUCAGUGCACCAACCCGACUGAACUGGACACUGUGGCCCAAAAGCUGGCCACCUUCCUGAAGAACCCCCAGAUCGGCCCGCCCUGAUGGUUGCCCCGGCCUGGGAGGCUCUUGGACAUUUUAUUCUGGCUUAACCUUGUUCUUUGGAUGGUUCCUCAGUCAGGUGCCAGGAUCCUGCCUAGGAGAAAGGCCACGAAUGGCAGCGGAAAUUACAUCAAACCAGUAACACUUCAGCAGGGGGAAAACUGUGCCCCAGGAUGUCUGGCCCAGGCCUCCCUGGAGCCCAGCAAGCAUUUCCGCCCUAGCUAAUUCUCCUGGAGACAGCUCUCAUCAGGCUUCCCCAGGCACAGAUUUGGAACUGGUGACAGUUCUGAACUUAGUUUCCCUUGUUCAGGCUCUGAUCGUCUCACAGUGAAGAUGGAGACAGAACCCCUGGAAGUCUGGACAUGAGCCUGCUGGCCAAUACUGUGCCCAGCCCACUGAUCAUGGGCACAUUCUCCUGCCAUUUGUAAAAUGGGAAUGUUAACGUGCCUACCUCUGAGCAGGGCUGUGUGCCUAUGAAACUGUGCUGGCGCCUUUUCAAGGGGAAGGCAUUGGAUCAACACAAAGUGUUCCUGGUUGGUUGAGUAGCUGGUGUUUGCAUCCUGGAUCGGUACCCACAGCACUGACGCAAAAUUGCACCUGAUGAGUUAGUGAGCCUGUGCUUCCUUGCUGCUCUCCAGCUUCCUUAGCAUGUGGGUCAGUGGCUCCUGAUGUUCUGUCCGCUUCCCUGGUAUUCUCUAAGCAGGGAGGGGAGUGGUUUUGAUGAUAAGUGUAAGUCAAAGAUGAAAGUACAACUCUUGGCCUGAUCCCAACCAUAGCCCUCUCUUUGCUUCCCAUGCCAUGGGCCAUGGAUGGAACUUCCUUAUAUAUUUAUGUAAAUAACCUAGUACUAUGAUCUGCAUGGAGUGACCUUAGGUGUCUGUCACUGCUCAAUGUGUUCCUUUGCUCAUUUCAUUCACUCACUCACUCAUUGACAAAUAAUGCUCAUUAGGCACUGGGAACACAGCAAAGAGCAAAGUGGAUGAGGACCUCCCCCUGGGGAUGCCACCUAAUGGUGGAGACAAGAAAUGAACGACAGAUAAAUACACACAGUUAUUACAGAUGGAAGCAAGUGCUUCAAAGGAAAUAAACAGAAUGUUGAAGUAGAGUCCACAGAAAGGUCCCUGAAGGAUGAAAAUGCAAAUAGUUGAAGGGGAAGGAAAAGUAACCAAAGGCAGGCAUGGUGGGGCUGGCAUGAGUCAGAGCACCUGGCCUUGUAAAGCCAGGAAGGAAACAGUAUUUUAUUCUAAGAUCAAAGGUGUGACAUUUGGCCUCUCCAGAGGCAGAGGAGUAUCACGAUCUGACCGCAUUUUAAACAAUUGCAUGAAGAAGGUCUGGGGACUCACACAGGAGCUGGGCACUGAGUGCUCUUGAGCCACCCAUUUGGAAUUUCACAGAGACCCACAAGGCAACAUAUUCUGUGUGGCACAACCGAUCAGGAAUUCUAGGAGAUCUCGGUGAGAUCAAUGGUUUUUUUUCUGGCGUUUAUGUAAUGCUUCUCAACUCAAGGGGCUCCUUUAUUACUUUUGAAUGUUUUUGCCCAAAUGUCUAUACCAAAGAUAAAUUUCUAAAGCAUGAACUACUGAUUUUGUUUUCAUGAAAAUUCACAUUUGAAAAUGAAAAUGAUUACUUUUCAAAAGUACUGUAAACGGCAGGAAAGAUCCAAAAUUGACACCCUAACAUCACAAUUAAAAGAACUAGAAAAGCAAGAGCAAACACAUUCAAAAGCUAGCAGAAGGCAAGAAAUAACUAAAAUCAGAGCAGAACUGAAGGAAAUAGAGACACAAAAAACCCGUCAAAAAAUUAAUGAAUCCAGGAGCUGGUUUUUUGAAAGGAUCAACAAAAUUGAUAGACCGCUAGCAAGACUAAUAAAAAAAAAGAGAGAGAAGAAUCAAAUAGACGCAAUAAAAAAUGAUAAAGGGGAUAUCACCACCGAUCCUACAGAAAUACAAACUACCAUCAGAGAAUACUACAAACUCCUCUACGCAAAUAAACUAGAAAAUCUAGAAGAAAUGGAUAAACUCCUCAACACAUACACUCUCCCAAGACUAAACCAGGAAGAAGUUGAAUCUCUGAAUAGACCAAUAACAGGAUCUGAAAUUGUGGCAAUAAUCAAUAGCUUACCAACCAAAAACAGUCCAGGACCAGAUGGAUUCACAGCCGAAUUCUACCAGAGGUACAAGGAGGAACUGGUACCAUUCCUUCUGAAACUAUUUCAAUCAAUAGAAAAAGAGGGAAUCCUCCCUAACUCAUUUUAUGAGGCCAGCAUCAUCCUGAUACCAAAGCCUGGCAGAGACACAACCAAAAAAGAGAAUUUUAGACCAAUAUCCCUGAUGAACAUUGAUGCAAAAAUCCUCAAUAAAAUUCUGGCACACUGAAUCCAGCAGCACAUCAAAAAGCUUAUCCACCAUGAUCAAGUGGGCUUCAUCCCUGGGAUGCAAGGCUGGUUCAAUAUACGCAAAUCAAUAAAUGUAAUCCAGCAUAUAAACAGAACCAAAGACAAAAACCACAUGAUUAUCUCAAUAGAUGCAGAAAAGGCCUUUGACAAAAUUCAACAACUCUUCAUGCUAAAAACUCUCAAUAAAUUACGUAUUGAUGGGAUGUAUUUCAAAAUAAUAAGAGCUAUCUAUGACAAACCCACAGCCAAUAUCAUACUGAAUGGGCAAAAACUGGAAGCAUUCCCUUUGAAAACCGGCACAAGACAGGGAUGCCCUCUCUCACCACUCCUAUUCAACAUAGUGUUGGAAGUUCUGGCCAGGGCAAUUAGGCAGGAGAAGGAAAUAAAGGGUAUUCAAUUAGGAAAAGAGGAAGUCAAAUUGUCCCUGUUUGCAGACGACAUGAUUGUAUAUCUAGAAAACCCCACUGUCUCACCCCAAAAUCUCCUUAAGCUGAUAAGCAACUUCAGCAAAGUCUCAGGAUACAAAAUCAAUGUACAAAAAUCACAAGCAUUCUUAUACACCAACAACAGACAAACAGAGAGCCAAAUCAUGAGUGAACUCCCAUUCACAAUUGCUUCAAAGAGAAUAAAAUACCUAGGAAUCCAACUUACAAGGGAUGUGAAGGACCUCUUCAAGGAGAACUACAAAACACUGCUCAAGGAAAUAAAAGAGGAUACAAACAAAUGGAAGAACAUUCCAUGCUCAUGGGUAGGAAGAAUCAAUAUCGUGAAAAUGGCCAUACUGCCCAAGGUCAUUUAUAGAUUCAAUGCCAUCCCCAUCAAGCUACCAAUGACUUUCUUCACAGAAUUGGAAAAAACUACUUUAAAGUUCAUAUGGAACCAAAAAAGAGCCUGCAUUGCCAAGUCAAUCCUAAGCCAAAAGAACAAAGCUGGAGGCAUCACACUACCUGACUUCAAACUAUACUACAAGGCUACAGUAACCAAAACAGCAUGGUACCGCUACCAAAACAGGGAGAUAGAUCAAUGGAACAGAACAGAGCCCUCAGAAAUAACGCCGCAUAUCUACAACUAUCUGAUCUUUGACAAACCUGAGAAAAACAAGCAAUGGGGAAAGGAUUCCCUAUUUAAUAAAUGGUGCUGGGAAAACUGGCUAGCCAUAUGUAGAAAGCUGAAACUGGAUCCCUUCCUUACACCUUAUACAAAAAUCAAUUCAAGAUGGAUUAAAGACUUAAACGUUAGACCUAAAACCAUAAAAACCCUAGGAGAAAACCUAGGCAUUACCAUUCAGGACAUAGGCAUGGGCAAGGACUUCAUGUCUAAAACACCAAAAGCAAUGGCAACAAAAGCCAAAAUUGACAAAGGGGAUCUAAUUAAACUAAAGAGCUUCUGCACAGCAAAAGAAACUACCAUCAGAGUGAACAGGCAACCUACAAAAUGGGAGAAAAUUUUCACAACCUACUCAUCUGACAAAGGGCUAAUAUCCAGAAUCUACAAUGAACUCAAACAAAUUUACAAGAAAAAAACAAACAACCUCAUCAAAAAGUGGGCAAAGGACAUGAACAGACACUUCUCAAAAGAAGACAUUUAUGCAGCCAAAAAACACAUGAAAAAAUGCUCAUCAUCACUGGCCAUCACAGAAAUGCAAAUCAAAACCACAAUGAGAUACCAUCUCACACCAGUUAGAAUGGCAAUCAUUAAAAAGUCAGGAAACAACAGGUGCUGGAGAGGAUGUGGAGAAAUAGGAACACUUUUACACUGUUGGUGGGAUGGUAAACUAGUUCAAACAUUGUGGAAGUCAGUGUGGCGAUUCCUCAGGGAUCUAGAACCAGAAAUACCAUUUGACCCAGCCAUCCCAUUACUGGGUAUAUACCCAAAGGACUAUAAAUCAUGCUGCUAUAAAGACACAUGCACACAUAUGUUUAUUGUGGCAUUAUUCACAAUAGCAAAGACUUGGAACCAAUCCAAAUGUCCAACAAUGAUAGACUGGAUUAAGAAAAUGUGGCACAUACACACCAUGGAAUACUAUGCAGCCAUAAAAUUGAUGAGUUCAUGUCCUUUGUAGGGACAUGGAUGAAAUUGGAAAUCAUCAUUCUCAGUAAACUAUCGCAAGAACAAAAAACCAAACACCGCAUAUUCUCACUCAUAGGUGGGAAUUGAACAAUGAGAACACAUGGACACAUGAAGGGGAACAUCACACUCUGGGGACUGUUGUGGGGCGGGGGGUGGGGGGAGGGAUGGCAUUGGGAGAUAUACCUAAUGCUAGAUGACGAGUUAGUGGGUGCAGCGCACCAGCAUGGCACAUGUAUAUGUAUGUAACUAACCUGCACAUUGUGCACAUGUACCCUAAAACUUAAAGUAUAAUUAAAAAAAAAAGUACUGUAACCAAA